UCAUUAAUAUUCCAAAUAAGCUUUGACCAAAAAAAGAAAAAACGAAAGCCUCCUAAAACCAACAUCAGCCCUCAUACACACGCCCAAUUCCUUCUCUCUCUUUCCUUAUGUCAGCAGCCAUGCCCAGUCAAAGCUGAAAGCUUGAUCUGAAGAUUGCUACCAAAGCUUGAUUUGUUCAAGUCUUAAUCAACCCCGUCACAUCCAGAUCCUUCACCGUUCUCUCACUCAUCGCUCAGCUCUCUCACUCUUGAAGUAGCUGCCGUUGGAUUCCUUCGUUGCCCAUCUGCAGUUGGUACAGAACUAGUAACCGAAACAACAACAUGAGAACAAUGGCAGCAGCAACGACUUCGCAGCUCUCAUGCUUCUCUGCUAUGAAUCGCCACCUCAACCUCCCCAGACGUUCGCUCCUUUGCCCAACCAUUCUUCGUCCCAAGUCCUUGUCAACUACUGUUAUGAGUCUUGAAGGCGGUUCCAAGACCAAGACUAGUUUAAGUUACACAAGCGAUGCACCAAAAGCAAAGUCGGAUCCCGUUUUAGAUGAUGAACAAAUUGCUGAACCGAAAAGAGCGGCCAAGAUUCAUGAUUUCUGUUUCGGCAUUCCAUUUGGCGGGAUUGUUCUAAGUGGUGGACUUAUUGGUUUCAUAUUUUCUAGAAAUCCUGCCACUCUGAGCACCGGUGUCCUGUAUGGAGGGGCAUUGCUAGCCCUUAGUACCUUCAGCUUGAAGAUCUGGAGGCAAGGAAAAUCCAGUUUACCCUUCAUUCUAGGGCAAGCAGCUUUGGCGGCAGUCCUCCUGUGGAAGCACGUUCAGACCUACUCGUUGACGAAGAAAGUAUUUCCAACAGGCUUCUAUGCUGUCAUCAGUGCAGCAAUGUUAUGCUUCUAUUCAUAUGUCCUCCUGUCUGGAGGAAACCCACCACCGAAGAAGUUGAAGCCAUCUGCAAGUGUUGCAUCUUGAUAGAAAGCCUAAAGGUCUGAUUAGGUAUAAAGGUUACAAAGUUUGUAUGACUGAAUGUUUUGUUUAUAUGAAUUAUAGAGGAAUUUGCUCACUUAUAAUGUCACUGUUAAACUUCAAAUGGAGCGUAAAAGGUCAACUUCUAUGGUGAGGCGAAACACAACAUGAAAUUUGAGCGAGUCUGAUGUCUUUUUUGUACUUUUAUGUUGUUGGUCUAAAUCAACAUGGUUGUCUUUCUUCUUCUCUGUUUCAUGAAAGAUUUGUUUAUCUUGGAACACUGCUAUUUUGGUGAAACAGGGGCUUGAAAUGUUUAUUUGGAAA